AUGUACAUGUGUACCGUCGGCUACCUCUACCGUUUUUCUCGUUCGGUAUCCUCUUGCGAGAGCUCUCUCUGCUCAGCAAAACAGUUGGAGCACAACAAGGGCACCAAAAAGACCUUUUCGCCGCACUCCGACGGCUUGCAACGGCAUCCGUCAGGUGGAAGGUUGGCCUCCGAGGCAGAAUGCCCGCACUCGUAUUGGAACCGUCUGGUGAAGCACAUGACUGGUUGA